CUAUAAUAAAAAUGUUUCAGGUCGUUCUAAUCUUGUUAUUGAAGAGUUUGUUGGUACAAAAUCAAUUUGUAAUAAGUAAUUGGCGAAAUAUCAUCGGCGAGCGAAAACAACAGAAGAGCGCUAAUAGCCAUGAUCCAGGCACGCCCCGACUCCUGCAGGCAAUUAUCGAGCCCUCAAUCACAUCUAAUGAUUCUAACGACUAACAAGGCUAGCCUUCUGCAUGACUUGCACCAAACAAACGUAACAUUAUGCCCAUAUGAAAUCGUCGCUACUAUUACAAACUUAACACAAGCAUCUGAUGAUGUAAAAUUAACCUUAGCAGCAAUGAAAAAGGAGAUAUUUAAUGUGAAUAGUGAAAAUGGUUUCGUAAUGAUAUGCAAUAAUGUUCUUAAAAAAAUAUACAUAAUAUAAUGAGGAAUGGCGACGUGGUGGGCCACUUUCGUGGCAGGUGAAUAGAGAGAAGCACAGAAUGGUCUGCAGUGGGUUUUACUUGGGGCUGGUGGUGAUGGCAGCUGUCACCUCAGUGAAGGGCACUGCGGAGGUGAUGAGCCACGUUACUGCACAUUUCGGAAAGGCUUUGGACGAGUGCCGUGAAGAGUCAGGAUUAUCUACUGAGGUGUUGGAGGAGUUCAAGCACUUCUGGAGCGAGGACUUUGAGGUGGUGCACCGCGAGCUGGGCUGCGCGCUCAUCUGCAUGUCCAACAAACUGUCACUACUGCAUGAUGAUACCCGCGUCCAUCAGGUCAACAUGCAUGACUACGUCAAGAGUUUUCCAAACGGCGAGGUGCUUUCCGAAAUGAUGGUGAAGCUCAUCAAGAACUGUGAGAGACAAUAUGAUGAUAUCAAAGAUGACUGCGAUCGAACCGUAAAAGUGGCUGCGUGUUUCAAAGCUGACGCCAAAAAGGAAGGCAUCGCACCAGAAAUCACUAUGAUAGAAGCUGUUAUAGAGAUCUACUAGAAGGAUUUUGAUUCUGCUACAAUUGGCUCAACAGAUUCUGUUAGUUUAAGAAAAUUGAUUGAUACUGCAUAAGAUGUUGAAUAUGUUGACGUUGAAUUGACGAAUAUUGCUUGCUGUUACAAAAUCAAUACUUGAAUAACGUAUUUUAAAAUUACCAAAUGGUAAACAUAAAAACAAGUAUAUGGCAAAAAAUCGGGUUAUAUUCGCUGGUAAUUAAUAUAAAGGUACUUGUAACAAGUGAUUUAAUGUGAGUUGUCUUAUAGUUAUGUUUAUUUUCCUGUCCUUUUUCAAUGUUUACUGUUGAAGUAGUAAUGUGUAGAGUAGAGAUCGAAAAUUGUAGAAGAUAAUUUUGUAGACUAGAGACUGAUUAACAAUAAAAUUAAAAAAAAAAUGCAUUAAAGAUAA